CAGGAACAGAUUGAAGAAACCAUGGCAAAUCAACGGGAUUACAUUAGCAGACCUAUUUGCAACGGAAUUUCUGUUCCUGAAAAUAAAAUCAAUUCCUUGGUGGCUGAAGGUCAUGGACAACAAAUUCUAAAAGUACUACAGAAGUUCAGAGAACAGAAUAUAUUUUUUGACUUUAAAAUUCUUGUGAAAGAUGAAAUAAUUCCUUGUCAUCGUUGUGUACUGGCAGCAUGCAGUGAUUUUUUCAGAGCCAUGUUUGAAGUUAAUAUGAAAGAACGAGAUGAUGGCAAUGUUACUAUUAGUAAUCUAUCACCCAAGGCAGUGAAAGCUUUUCUUGAUUACGCUUACACAGGAAAAACAGAGAUAACAAAUGAUAAUGUGGAAAUGCUCUUCCAGUUGUCAUCAUUUCUUCAAGUUUCACUCCUUUCCAAAGCUUGCAGUGACUUUCUAAUAAAAAGUAUCGAUCUUGUGAAUUGCUUACAGUUGCUUUCCCUGUCAGAAAGUUACGGUUCUGUCCGCUUAUUUGAUCAUGCACUAGAUUUUGUACAGCACCACUUUUCCUUGCUACUCAGAUCAAGUGAUUUUUUGGAGAUGAAUUUUGAGAUAUUACAAAAAUGUCUCGAGGCUGAUGAACUAAACGUCCCUGAGGAAGAAUCAGUGUUGAAAGCUGUCCUUCAAUGGACCAAACAUAACUUAGAAACACGACAGAAAUAUCUGCCUAAUUUGAUUAAAAAAGUAAGACUACACCAGUUACCUGAAAAGACUUUGCAGGACUUCCUGCAUUCUGAAGAACACUUACUUAAGACUGCUGAUUGCUCAGUAAUAAUAAAUGAUGCAGUUAAAAGUGUACAAAACUUUAGUGGACUGUUUCCAGAUGCGCGUCCUUCAACAACAGAAAAAUACAUAUUUGUUCAUAAAACUGAUGAAGAUGGAGAAAACAGACAUACGUUCUGCUACAACAUCAAAACAGAUAAAUGGAAAGAGCUACCACAUACGCACAUGAUUGAUCUUCCAGGGUCAAGUCUGUCUAGCUAUGGAGAAAAAAUAUUUAUAACUGGAGGAUGCAAAGGGAAUUGUUACAGGACUGUCAGGCUUCAUAUUGCUGAACCAUUUCAUGAUGCCACUGACCAAACCUGGUGCUACUGUCCAGUCAGCAAUGAAUUCUCCAUAGUGUCAGCUAUGAAAAAACCACGGACAAUGCACACAUCUGUUGUAACCUUAAAUCAGCUGUUUGUAAUAGGUGGAAAGACCAAAGGAGCUCAAGAAACCCGAAGUCUUUUGGAUGUAGAAUCCUAUAAUCCUCUUUCCCAAGACUGGAAAUCUGUAAGCCAAUUACCCAGGGGUAUCUACUAUCCAGAAGCAAGUGCAUGUCAGAAUAUAAUUUACGUCCUUGGCUCAGAAGUAGAGAUUACUGAUGCCUUUAAUCCGUCUCUUGACUGUUUCUUUAAGUAUAAUGCUAUGACUGAUCAGUGGUCUGAGCUUGUAGCAGAAUUUGGGCAAUUUUUCCAUGCAACUCUAAUCAAAGCUGUUCCAGUGAACUGUACCUUGUACAUAUGUGAUCUCUCCACCUACAAGGUCUACAGUUUUUGCCCAGAAACCUGUGUUUGGAAAGGGGAAGGCUCUUUUGAAUGUGCUGGCUUUAAUGCCGGGGCAGUUGGGACAGAAGACAAAAUUUAUAUACUAGGUGGUGAUUAUGCUCCAGAAGAAAUCACAGAUGAAGUUCAAGUCUACCAUAGUAGUAGGUCUGAGUGGGAAGAAGUUUCACCAAUGCCGAGAGCCUUAACUGAGUUUUACUGUCAGGUCAUUCAGUUUAAUAAAUAUAGGGACCCCUGGUCAUCUGUACUGACAAUUUGCUCUGGAGAAUUUUGAAACUCCUGAGUCAAAAUAAUCUAUUUAAAUGCACAAGCUUUAGAACAGAUUUUUAGGUAUUAAUUUACAGACAGAAAAAUAUGUACUUUUUUGUUUAAAUCUUCAAAUUGUAUGCUAUAGAAUUGCUUUUGGAAGUGUCCAUUAAGUUGUCAUUCAUGUUAAUCAUUAUAUAGAAAGUAUUACUUAAUUUUAUAUGCAAGACUUCUCUGUAAUUAUCUGAAUAAUUUGCAAAAUGAUACUAC